AUGGUUAGGGAAAAUCCUCGUAAUAGAUCCGCACAAUAUUUUAUAAAAUACGUGGAACAUUUUAAUAGUUUAUAUUACAAAUUUCAACGAGUUGAUGAUUAUGAAGAAUUUGAAAGAUUUCAAUCAUUUCUUGAUAUUUAUGGAACGGAUGAAAAUGAAACUUAUUACGAUAUAUUAAGAAUCGUUAAAUUGCUUACACCCAAUUGUAGAAAUUUAAUUGUGAAAUGUUUUUUGAAUGGUAAGGAAAUAGACUGUUUUGCUGAAAAUGCAUUUCAGGAAGGUCUUACUAUGUAUGGGCUUUGUUGUGUAUUCAAUUCAAAAGAUAGCUAUAGAAAACGUAAUUCUACUUUUCGUUUAAUAACCUCGGAACUGGGUCUAACAGUCUUAUUAAAUUCUUCACAUUCUGAUGAUAUGGUUCCUAUACUAAAUAUGGAUGCUUAUGUUGUUAUCAUACAUAAUCCUAAUGAUUUUCCCGAUAUUGGUUCGGGUAGUGCUAUUGAAGUAUUUCCCAUGAAUAAUGAAGAAUCAUUUAUAGCGAUUAGGGCCAAGUUUAUGGAUACCAGUGAAGAGUUAAGAACUUUUGAUCCAUCAUAUGUAGGCAUUUUUAUACGUAAGUGUUACUUUGAUGACGAAUCCCCUGAUCCCGAUCUGCUUUUACGCAAUACUUAUACUUUUUCAAAUUGUAUAACACGAUGUCGCAUUCGUAGCAUUGCUGCCUUGUGCAGUUGUGUUCCAUUUUAUAUGCCCUUGGAAUAUAUGGACAAAGUUGGUGUUCCCUAUUGUAGUUUACAUCAUGUUGCUUGUAUGAAUCGUUAUAAUUUUAAAUGGCGUAACGUGCUUACAAAGCGCAUUAGCAUUUUGGGUUUAGAACGUGAAGUAGAGGAGGCCUUAUAUUGUCCUCAGUGUCUGCCAUCGUGUGAUGAUACACAAUAUGAUAUUUCUAUGAUGUCUCUACCUACAGAUCGUCUGGUCGUACCGGAAAAUGUGGGUGAUGAUUUUAAUUUAAAACUGGAGGACUUGUCAGUAUUGCGUGUGUAUUUUGGUGAACCUACAGCUCUAUUUUAUAAACGUGUGAUUAGUAAUACCUGGGAGGAGGCAUUUAGUGAAUUUUAA